AUGGGAUAUGAUCUCUGGGCCAAGGGCUGCACCCAGGCACGAGGCACGAGACUGAAGCACAGCCAGUGGUUCCAGCAGCCAUCCCAAAUCCUUUCUCCUGGUGCUGCUGUGUCAGUGCUGUUCCUACGGGAGCACUUUGUGUUUGUCCUUGGGUUCCCGUGCCACGUGUUUGACCUGAGCAGCCUGGGGCUGCUGGCAGCCCUCAGCGUGGAGCGCUGCGUCUCCGUCCUGUGCCCCAUCUGGCACCGCUGCCACCGUCCCCGGCACCUCUCGGCCGCCGUCAGCGGGGCCCUCUGGGCCCUGGCAGGGGCUUUUGUUUCCUCCCUCUACCUCACCUCCACCUACACUGAAGACUCUGGGACCGUCAUUGCAGGUGUAGCCCUGGCCAUUUCCGUGGUUUUUUCCCUCAUGAUGUUGGUUUCCAACCUGUUCCUGUUCCUCAAGCUGCGCUGUGGCUCCCGGAGGCGGCAGCCAGGGAAGCUCUUUGUGGCCAUCGUGCUCAACGUCCUGCUGUUCUUUGCCUUUGGCAUCCCUUUCUGCAUGGAGGUUUUCAUCAAUCUCCCAGAUUCCGGUGAUUUAUUCCCAGAAGACCCCUCUUUGUUCCUGGCACUGCUGAACUGCUCCCUCAACCCGGUGAUUUACGUGCUGGUGGGGAGCUGCCGGCGGCGCCGCUUCCAGCGCUCGGUCAGAGUGGCUCUGCGGAGGGUGUUUGAGGAGAAAGGCGGGAGUGACGAGGGGAGCCACGGGCCUGGGGACACUGUGGUGGAGGUGACAGCUCUGUGA